GCUGACAAUAGGAAAAGGAAGUGGAGUAGACUGUCGUAACGAUUAGUUGGUAAACAAUACUUACGGGUACCAUUGCGAUAUAUCAUCCAUUGUUAGAAAAUUACAGCACGGAAACCCUACUCAAUUUCUGUUCUUGCACGUACUGUGGAUGUUCAAUAGGAGUAUAAGAACACAUUAUGAUCAACUAUUCUAAUAGAACGUACCAAAUAGUUAACAAUCAAUUAAAGAAAAGUACCUGCGGCGGUGGAAACGUGGCCGGCGACACCGCGUGGUUAGUCGAGCAGAUCGGGAACGAGUCAGCGGCGGAGGUGGCAAGCGAUGAUGGUGGCCCGCUCUUCUUCCCACAACCGACGUGGUUAGUCCCGGCGACUUUCCUCCACUCUUCUUCCCACAACCGCUACAGCGAAUCAGCGGCGGAGGUGGCAGGCGACGAUGGUGGCCCGGAGGAGGAGACCGCUACUGAGCGACCAGCGGUUGCUUGACAGGCGGAGGCGGAGACAUGCAAUGGAGGCGGAGGGAGGAUGAGGGCGGUUGAGUAUGUGUCUGAUCAGUUUGAAGGAAAACCGAAAAGGCAUCGCAUGGGGAGGGGAGAAAAAGCAGAAGAUAAAUCGUUUGCUAGAUUUGGUAGGUAAGUAGUCUUCCAAUUUUCAACUUUGCCAUUAUUGUUCUCUGUUUUAUUUUAUUUUUUACAAUUGAUUAUUGUUAAAGAGACAAAGGGAGGGCAGGGGCAGCCGCCGAUCUGCUGGACUAAGCCCUAUUGGGCCUUGUACAAAAGGCCUGCUUAGGUUAGUUUUGUGUUUUAAUUUUACAAGAACUCAUUUUAUAGUUAUAAAUAAAAAAGUGUUAGUAUAUUGAAUCAAAAUCCUUGUACAGCAUGAAUGGUGAAGAAUGCCCUUGGUAACCACCAGGACGCUGGUUCGACCCUCAUACCAUUAUAAUUUUUUUUCCAGCUACACCUAUAGAACGACACCGUUCUCCAGGCCACUUUCGAUUCAGAGAAGAGCACAAAACGAUGCCAUUUUUUCAUGUAUCGUCGUCUUCCCUAGCCCCCCAAAUUCCCAAUUAUCCAGUUGUCGCCGUCACCACCGUAAUCCGACGGCCGUCUCUCUUCAUCGUCCAAACUUUCUCACUAUUCUGGACUCCGACCAAGAGAAUUCCCCUCUUCCCUAGCCCCCCAAAUUCCCAAUUAUCCAGUUGCCGCCGUCACCACCGUAAUCCGACGGCCGUCUCUCUUCAUCGUCCAAACUUUCUCACUAUUCUGGACUCCGACCAAGAGAAUUCCCUUGACGAGACCCAAUCCCCUCUCUCCAUUUCAGCCUUAGUCAUUGUUUACAGGACGUAAAGGUCAUAGUCUUUCACCGUCAAUUGAUUCGGAUUCGUCGCGAAAGGGUAGCUGUCAUCUGCGACCUUAAAAACAGAUGAUGAUGAGCCAAAGUCGAUGUAGAUCAGAAGCAGGGACGAUGAUGAUGAUGGACUGAUGGUAAAAUUAGUGGUUUGCAAUUGGGGUAUCUAGAAAAAUCGUUAUGACGAUGAUGGUGGUUUAGGAUUGUCGAAUUGGGGCAACCUUUUAAUGGAACUUUAUUUUAUCAAUUUUAUAAUUUUUGGGUGUUCAUUAAAAGAUCUAGAAGAAAUAAGGUAUCAUCUGAGUCCUCACAAAAACGAAUAGGUAUCAUGUGAGAAAAUAAAACGCAAAUUAUUAUUGGGGGGCUAUAUAGCACAUAUAAUUAUUUAAGGGGUGCAAGUAGUAAUUAUUAUUACUAAUUUUAAUUUAAUUUAUAAUGACCGUUAGAUUAGAUCUACGGUAGAGAAUCCUGUCGCAUAGUAUGUGUCUGACGCGUACGAGUCGUUUCCAUAUAUAUAUAUAUACUUGUUUAAUUGAAUAGGCCUCUAGUGAGAACCUACUUAAAUGUGUGGGAAGACACUUGAAAACCCUUUAUGUUCUUUCCUGGAGGCUCAAACUUUUUAAUAAAUGUUUUUGAAUUUG